AUGAGUAGUAGUGAUGCUGCUCGAUUUUUUGAUACGUCCGGUUGUUUAAAUUUAUCACGUCCAACAACUGGUGCACCAAUUUUCUCAUCAACUAAUCGUCGUAAUGAACGUACACGACCAAUUAGUAGUUCAAUACCAAUACGAGGUCAAUUAAAAAUUGAUUUGUAUAAUUUUGAACAUAUGGAUUUUAUUGAUUCAAAAUAUGUAUUAACAAGUCCUCGUUCACUUGAAGCUUGUGCUCGUCUUAAUAUAAAACCUGUUAUAUUACUUCCAAAACGAUUGGCUGAUAUACAAGAUGAUAUUGGCUCAGAAAAAGUACGACUUUCAACAUUAGCUGAUGUUCGAGAUCAAAUGGAAGUAGAUCGAUUAGCAAAUCUACAACGUUGUCGAGAAGAACGUGAAAAAAUUAUUCGAGAAGAAACUCUUGCUAAUCCAUCAUCAACAAAAAUGAUUGAUCCUCAACCAUCUAUUGUCCGUAGCAGUUCAAUACCUCGACGAACUUACGUAGAAACAAAAUUCAAUCCAUCUAAUUCUCUUCUAUAUGGCCUUGACCAACCAACUACAAUCAACAGUGUCCCAACACGUUCUCAAUCAGCAACAGCUGUCAAAUUUUCUGAAUAUGAUACAUAUGCUCGUCUUCCAUCAAGAUCAACAUCUGCGACUCGGAUACCAAUAGCAAAUUCCAUUCUUAAAUCGUCUAUUUCUCAAUGGCCACCGACAUCAUCAUAUUAUGAAGCUGAUAAUCGUGAUGAUCAAUAUGAACAACGAGCAUCAUCAGCUCAUGUCAUCGACGAUGCUCGACGAUUGAAUAAGAAUCUUCAACGUAUGAGUAUAUCUGAUCAUGGUUCAAAACAAAACAAAAAUGAACGAUAUGUAAAUGGUCUUGAAAAUGUGAAACAAAUGAUAGAACGACGUGUAACACAUUCAACAUCAGGAAAUGAUCCAGAUAUUGCAACAUUCGAAAAGAAACAAUAUGAAGUUUUACUUGGACAUUAUGAUCAUGAAUUAAAAAUUCAAAAAGCAAGAGAAAAUGCACUUCGAACAAAAAAAGAAAAAGAAAUCGAACGUUAUGAAACAUUAUUACAUGAUUUCCUAGAUCAUUCAAAAGCUGAUGAACGUCGAGAAAAUGAAAUUCGUCGUAAAAUUAAUAAACUUCAUCAUACACGACAACUUUAUGAAACAUUACAAGCAAAAAAUUAUGAAAUGCAAUUACAAGACUUACAAAAACACCGUGCAGAAUUACAAUAUAAAAUAAAGAACAAAGAUCGACGUACAAAACAUUUUGUGAAAGAUAAAAAAGAGACAACUCAUUUAUCUCGAUCAUUGGCGAAAUCUUCACAAGAUCUUCGAGAAUAUUUACGAGAAACAAAUGAAAAUUUUGCUGAAAGAGCUAAAAAAGCUGAAUUAACAAAUAGUGUUUUAGACAAAAAGUCAACAAUGCCUCUUAAUCGACGUCAUUUCCAAUCGUCGCUUCGAACAUAA